AUGGAAGUGUUCCAGUAUCAGCUACUCAGUCAUGUUGGAGGUCUGAUCUGUUUCUGUACUCUGAUAAAAUGCAUCAGAUUUAUGAGAGACCUUUUUCCAUAUAUCUGAAGUUCUUUGCCUUAGGUUUUCUUUUGGUCAAUGGGAGAACGUGCAGUGGUCACAGGAGCAGGAGAUGGGUUUGGAAAAGCAUAUUCCUUCAACCUGGCAAGAAGAGGAUUAACUAUAGUGAUGAUAAGGAGAGCUUUUGAAAAACUGAAUUUGAGUGCAAGUUUACUGGAGCUGGCCACAGAUCAAAAAGUGAAGGUUAUACAAGCUGAUUUCACUAAAAAUGCAGUGUACAAAAACGUUGAAAAAGAUCUGAAGGACUUGUAUAUUGGUAUUCUGGUUAGCAAUGUUGGAAUGAUUCAUAAUCCUCUUCCAUGCUAUUUCCUUAAUGGACCAAACAUAGAAGAGGACCUUGUCAAGUGCAAUAUUAUUUCUGUUCCAGGUAAGUAUUUGACAAAAAUUAUUUUGAAACAAAUGCAAAUAAAUCAGAAAGUUCUAAUUCUGAAUCUGUCCUCUGGUUUGAGUGCUUUCCCUUGUCCAUUAUAUAUCAUGUACUCAGUUGCUAAGGCUUUUAUAAGCACUCUACAAUCACUACAAGGACAGCAUAAAGCAAAGGUAAUUAUCAUACAGAUAGCGAUUCCUUAUGGUGUUUCUGCUCCAAUGACAGUGUACCAAAACCUGGGUGUUAUUACAAAGACAGCAGAAGAGUUUGUUAGUGAGUCACUGAGGUAUGUCACCUUUGGAGAUGAGAUUUUUGGAUGUUUCACCCAUCAAAUUUUGAUUGAAUUUGGUCCUAUGUAA